AUGAACAAGAGUCCGGGUCCGGAUGGGAUACAUCCGGCCCUCUUCCAAAAAGGGGGACCAUUGCUCCUGCACACACUGAUACCGGCAUUCAGGGCCUGCCUAGCAUUGGGCUAUGUGCCUGGCAGGUGGCGGGAAGUCAGGGUUGUCUUUAUCCCCAAACUGGGUAAAUGCAGCUACGACAACGCGACAGCCUACAGACCAAUCAGCCUGAGCUCCUUCUUGUUGAAGACGCUGGAGAGGCUGGUCGACAGGCACAUUAAGGCGGGGGCACUGAGGACUAACCAGAUAUGCUCCUCACAACAUGCUUACCAAGCUGGAAGAUCAACUGAGACUGCGCUGCACCACUUGGUAGGCACAAUAGAAAACGCGAAGGAAAAGGGGGAGGACACCCUUGGUGUCUUCAUAGACAUCGAAGGGGCUUUCGACAAUACUUCCUGUGAUACGAUGGAGAAAGCUGCGGCAGCUUUUGGGAUCGAGAAAUCGCUCAUCAAAUGGAUAGCCGCCAUGCUCCGCACAAGAGUUGUCCACUCCUCCCUUCGGGACAGUGAUGUAAGGGCUGCGGAGGAGAGGGGCUGCCUGCAGGGGGGAGUUAUCUCUCCUCUGCCAUGGCUCCUCGUUGUUGACGGCCUCCUCACUGGACUCGAGGAAUUGGGGGUAAGGACAGUCGCAUACGCAGAUGAUGUGGCACUGCUGGUAACUAGCAGGAACGCGAGCACGCUACAUAGCAAAAUGCAGAAGGCGCUGGACUAUGUUCAGCACUGGUGCACAUCGAAGGGCCUAAGGGCAAAUCCAGGCGAACCGGAGAUGGUGCACUUUACAUGCAGAAGGAGGGGUGCUGUUAAAUCUCCCUCCAUUUAUAACACACUGCUGGAAUUCUCGGGGGAGGUCAAAUACCUAGGUAUUUGGCUCGACAAGAAGCUCAGCUGGAAAAGCAUAUCGCCAUGCAGACUAGCAAGGAAAGCGGUGGACAGAAUAGGCAGGCUUGCGAUGCUGGGCAUAAUAGGGGCCCUCAGAAUGACCCCGAGCUCAGUGUUGGAGGCCCUGCUCUUUAUGCAACCGCCACACCUAAUUAUAAGGGAGGAGGCGAUAAAAGCGGCCGCGAGAUUGCUGCUACAGGGAACAUGGAAGGGAGUUAGGAAUGGGCACGCUAGUGUCCUCCGCGCGGACGGAGAGCUGGAAGGGCUACUGUCGCGCAGUGCUGACGCCUGCAGACCCAGAUGGCACUUUCGCAGAAAGUUCUCCGUCAACCUUGGGUGGGGGGAAACCCCGUCAGGAAAGGAUGCGGACUGGGUGCCGCCCCGCGGUCUAGUCUGGUAUACGGACGGAUCACGGGCGAGCGGACGGGCAGAAGCGGGGGUCUGGUCAGAGGGGCCCGCAAUAACGAGGACCAUUGGGUUGGACUCGCACGCAACCGUGCUCCAGACUGAGUUGGCUGCCCUACGGACCUGCGCCAGGAUGAUCCUGGAGAGAGGGAACAAGGGCAAAAAGAUCUUCAUCUAUUCAGACAGCUGGCGCGCGCUGAGGGCAAUACUGAGGUAUGAGUGUUGCUCUAAGUUAGUGGGUGAAUGCGUUGAGCUGAUGGAGGAAAUUGCCGUAAAUAAUCGGCUUGAGGGGGCUUGGAUUCCGGGCCACGCUGACAUCAAAUGCAAUGAGAAAGCCGAUGAGCUAGCAAAGAACGGUAGCAACAGGGCCUUUCGGGGAGAGGUGGAGCACGUAGGCGUGCACACCGACUUUGUGAAGGACCUGGUCAAGGAGCGUGGGGAUAGGAGGAUUGUGGAGAGAUGGGACUCGGAGACGGGUGCCAGGCACAUGAAAUCCUUCCUAGAAAAUCCCACUAGGAAGAUCGCAGAGACUUUGUUGGGUCUAAACAGGGCUAAGCUCCGCGCUAUAGUGGGGCUUAUCACUGGACACUGGCUCCGCGCUAUAGUGGGGCUUAUCACUGGACACUGGCCCCUGGCUCUGUAUUUAUCAAGGAGGCAAGGGGACUGA